CUGUCAAAAUUUUCGUGUCGAUCAUCAUCGCAAAAAAUGUUGUGAAGUGCAAGAUAACACUGGAUCAACCAUUUGACGCCACAAUACACGGUCCGCGGCCACAUUUCUCCAUCCUCGAUUGCGCCACACGCUCGCUCAUUCUGCACCUGGUCCGCCCACCUCGCUCGCUGCGUUCCACGCCUUCGUGUGCCUGCCGGAUCGGAAGCGAACACCAUCUUCGCAGGGUUGCUGUCCGGCAUUCUUGCAACAUGCCCUGUCCAACGUACUUUUCCGGCUUUGGUUACCUUCUGGAUACUGGGUUCGCCGUAGAACUGGACGAGCCGACACACACCGUCCUCUUGCACACCGCCAAAAGUUGUCCUAAGCACUCCGAGUGCUUGCAAUUCCUCUUCGAGCAUGGUCCAAGUUUCGUGCCCGUAGAGGACUACCGGUCUUAUCAGCGUUCGGUACAUGAGUAUUUCGGUGGAUUCGACGCACCAGUACCGAGGACCUACCGAGAAAAACCAUCCUGGAAGCAGGAGCAGCAUGACGUGAGUCGCAAAGUUCAAGCCCCAUUCGUGAACACUCAGCUGAUUCCGAAUGUUCGGAAGAAUGUCUCCAGCGUCCCGGCAUCGAUGCCGCAAGUUUUGAUUAGUGGAUGGCCGAAUCCCAUUUGCGUCAAUUAAAACUUGUAACCGAUCCACUUUGUCCAUUUCCUGCACUACGUAGUGGCAAAUUCGCUGCGCCACCUGCUUCAAUGGUAGGUGCGACAUUGCGAAACUGUUCAAUUUGGCCGCCAAGGAGAACGGAAGAGCCCUGAAUGACCGAACCUGUCCGAAAUGUGUCACCGCUAUUAAAGCUACCCUCGCAGUUCAGACAACGGACAAUUUCACCGUGAAUAAAUCUGAACCCGAUGACUAAUCGAGCGGUACCGAACCCGCUUGAGCAAUUUGUCCGUCCCACGACAGGGAUUGCAAACUUUUCUGUACAAAUUGUAGCGUGACCAUUUGCGGGCUCUGUAUCGACGAAGGCCAGCCGCACGAACUGCACCAAAUCGAUAAUUUUUCCAUCGUCUAUCGGGAGAAGAUGUCCGAGCUGGAAUCAGGCGAAAAAGUCUGUUGAAGCGCUGGGCGAGCAAACCUGCGAUCUGUCAAUGAAAUUUGGAACUGCUAGAGAAAGAAGGAGCCGUUGUCCUCAGAAAAAUCGACGUUGUUUCCGAGUCGUCUAAGCUGAAGGUGACUCGCCAGACGAGUAUUCGGAAAAAAAGGCUCCAAACACAGCUGCGAUUUUCUGCCGAGAAGUUGAGAGCUAUAUCGCGCACGCUGGAAAGGAUCAACACGCUACCUUCGAAUGACUUCUUGAAGGAUCUGUCGGAAUUGGAACUCCACGCAUCCGGAUAACACUCCGUUGAAGGUGGUGGACGACAUUGAGUGUGAUUUGGUUCCGUCAUACCAAUUCGGAAGAUACACAGCGACUGCUUUCUUCCAAGAAGGGGACACUAAUCACACAUUUUCAUCCCGUGAUAUUGUUUGUACCAUAAGGGCCAACGCCCACGUAGCGGUUUUACAAGCUACGUUAUCGCCGCGUCUACGCAAGGUACCCAGCAUCAAAUGUAGUCAUGCACACCGCACACGUAUACGUGUGCAUUACUCUAUUUGAUGCUGGGUACCUUGUGUGGACGCGGUGUUAACGCAGCUUAAAAAAACCGCUACGUGGACAUCGGCCCUAAAUCUGCUUAGAUCCGAUAAUGUUCAAGUAAUGCUCAGUCCAAACGACCCGGAAUAGUUGAAAUUCCCCCACAAGCUGAUAGUGAUAAUACCGAUUGUAUGACAAAUUGUGUAAUGCCAUUCCGCAGUAUUCCAUUUCGCGGAGUCCCACCAUGCGGGAGGAACCCAUGUCCCGGAGUGUGACAUUGCGCGAAAUGAUGCAUUUCGCGGAACAACAUUACUCGGAAUGACCCAUUUUGCAGAAAAAUUGAAUAAGCUAUUAUUUUGUGCAUUUUGAAAAAGCAGAACCAGUUUUUGUUAUGAUCGGGAGAACGAGUUCAUGUAUAGAAGGCCAAUAUAAAUAUGUUUCAAUAUACCGGGCAAAUGCGCGGUCAUUCCGCGGUAUGUCAUUCCACGAAUGGUUAAUUUCUGCGCAAUGUAUUGUCGCGCCGCCACUAAACCGGACCGCGCGAUUGAGCACUCGCGCUGUGACGCGAGUCGCGACAAUUCGAAUUAUGUUAUUAGUAGUGCGCAUCAUGCGCACUAAUCUAAAUAAAAUGCGACGUCUGAUAACUGCAGAUAUUUUAAUUUUAUUGAAAACAUGUUUCCGAUUUUCUACCAUACACGGAAUACGUUCCGUGAAUUGAUUUUCCGGGAAAUGUCACAUUCCGCGGAAUUGCAUUCCGCAUUGUCAUACAACCAUAAUACCACAUAUGGACUCAGUUAAAGGACAUUCGAGUUAAAGCAGAAUAAUACUGCAUUUGAUGUUGCACCACUAUCUAAACUCAUUGAACUUAUAUUCAACGAUGAUUUGGUGAUCAGAAUAGGAAUUCGUCCUUUGAAUGUUGUGAUCGAAAAUCAACUACUGAACUAAAUAUUAGCAAUUGCAGAUAAAGAAAACGAGCGUCGAUUCGAGUUUGCUCAAUAACGAAUUGAAGUAAUAAUGAACAAUCCUGGCUACAAUCAUUUGGAUAUGCAUCACACAAUGCAUCGAAAACAGCUGAAAAAGUACUGGGAUAUUUCUUUCUCAUAAACGGUGAGGGACGAAGCUGGUGUUUUCACUUGAGUCCAGAGGACGAAAUCUGAGGCUAUGUCCAGUUGCACAGGGGGUCUGCCACCUACUGCACCUUCAUUCAUCAGAACUCUUGAAGGAAUUCCUGCGGGCAUUCUAGAGAGAUUCUUUCGGGAAUUUUUAAAAGAUUCCUACGGGAAUCCUUGAGGGAUUUCUUCGAGAAUUCUAGAAUGAUUACUUCGGGAAACCUGGAGGUAUUUCUUCAGGAAAUCUUGAGGGAUUCUUUCUGGAAUUCUGGAGGGUUUCCUUCGGGAACGCUGGAGGGAUCCCUACUGGAAUCCUAAAGGAAUUCCUUCUGGAAACCUGGAUGGAUUCUUCUGGGAAUCCUGAAGGAUUUUUUUUCAAGAAUCCUGAAGGCAUUUUUUUCGAAAUCCUGGGGGUUUCUUUCGGAAUUUCGAACUAAUUCCUUCGAAAAUUUUGGAAUAACUUUAUCUAGAAUUUUGGAGGAAUUCCUUCAGAAAUUCUUAUGGCAUACCUUCGGGAAUUCGGGAUGGAUUUCUUCAGAAAUCCUGGCGGGAUUUCUUCGUAGAUCUUAAAGAUAUUCCUCCGGGAAUCCUUGGAAUAUUCCUUCGGGAAUCAUAAGGGAAUUUCUUUAGGAAACUGUAGGGAUUCCUUUGGGAAUCUGGGGGUCAUUCAUUCAGAAACCGUGGAGGAAAGCCUAGGGGAAUUUCUUCGGAAAUCCUGGAGAAUUCUUCAGAAAUCCAUGGGUGAUUCCUUCGGGGAUUCUGGGGGAUUCCUUCGCGACACCCACAGGAAUCCUCCAUCGAUGUCCACAAGAAUUUAUUAAUGAUUGCCACAAGAAUCCACCAGCGUCGCCCAGUGGGAUCCACCAACGAAUCCAACAAGAAUCCAGAGAUUUUCACAGGAAUCCCCCACCGGAAUCUGCAACCGAUGCUCACAUGAAUUCGCCAGUGAUGUCCAC